CGGCAGCGAUAGGAACGUCGAGAUUGGGAAAUAGCUGAGCUCAGCGCCUCGAAAAUCUCGAUAUCGUGCGAUCGAAUUCCGCGCAAAGUUCAGCAGUUUCAAUUCGUCGGAAAUGUCACAUUAAUCUCCCGUUUCCCGUUCAGCGUAUCCCGUUAGCAUAUCCUGUACGCAACGUACUAUAACUGACGAUUUAGUACAAAGACCAAGGGCGUGUUUCUUGGACAAACGAAUUACAGAGCAAACUUCAUUUUGCCCUUUGCCUACAUUUGACUUGAUAACCUGCCGCGCUUGGUGGAUUAUUUGCGCACUCGCGAUAAAAUAGCGCCGCUAUCUUUUCAUGUGGCAUGAGCGACGACUGCGAGACCGCAAUAGCGGAAGCAGGUGAGCAGCGAAAUUAUUUACGCUGAACAAAUGUUGGUUGGUUGUACGGUAACAAUAUUUGCAGACGGUAUUACCGUUGACAUGCGUUACACCACGUGUCAGCGUUACAUGAUAAAUAAUAUAUCUGUAUAAUUGGAGAUAUAAAUUCCUUGAAGUUUUCAAAUAUCCAAACAAAUGUUCAAAUACGCGAUCGCGUACUUGAAGAUUACCAAAUCCGAAUACUCUCGAUGCAUGUGCAGGAUGGGGUAUUUGGCAUUACUUCGUCGUCACGCUGUGCGGCUUGCUAUCGCUCGCGGAAGCAAGCACUUCUCUAACUGUUCCCAUCGUGGCACCGUUGAUAGCGUGCGACUUCAAGCUCAGUAGGGAGCAAGCCACUGUGGCAGUCGCUACUUCCAGCUUCGGUAUACCAGAAAGUGUAACCUGCUGUAUGAAAUACCAAGUUACAUUAAUUUGAUCCGAUCAGAAUUAAAUGAAUUGCUGUUGUUUUAUAUAUAUGUAAUUAAUAUACAAAGAAUAGCAAAUAUAUUUCUUUUUUAAAUAUAAUAGAUAAUUGUCUACACGUGCAAAAAAUUAAAUUGCAUCUUCGAAUGUAGAUUAAGAAUCAUUAUAUUAAUUCAUUAUGCUAUAAUGGUAUUUAUAUUGCAUAGGAAUGGCAGUAGGCGCAUUCCUGUUCGGAUCUAUAUCGGACACUGCCGGACGUAAAAAAUUGAUCCCAAUUACUAUAGGCAUCGUGUUUUGCGCCUCGGUUAGCUUGUCCUUCGCGCAAACUAACUUUCUGAUAAACUUAUCGGUAUUCGUGUUAGGACUCGGAGUGGCCGGUAACAACAUCGUCCUGAGAGUGUAUCUAAUCGAAAGCCUACCAAUGAGAAAGAAAGGAGCAUGCUUAGCUAUAAUCGAUACGUUUUGGGUGUUUGGUUACUUAGCAGCAUUAGGUGUCUCCUGGUCCUUGAUGCCGUCCAUCAUACGCAUGUUGGGCAGACAAUUCCGACCGAGUUCCUGGCGAGUUCUCUCCGCUCUCUGCGGCGUUCCUAGCCUGGUGAUCGCCUGCGCCUCGGGCCUCCUGCCGUCGAGUCCUCGACACUCCUUGUAUCGUCGUCGACCGAGACAAACUCUCGCGUUGCUUCAACAGAUGUACGCCAUCAAUAAUUCGAAACACGCCGAUACCUAUCCGAUUACGGACUUCAGGAAUCUAGAAGGCUGCGUGCGUUCGGACGACGAAAUGGACGAUAAUAGCGGCAUUCUGAUGUACUUCAAGAAAACUUGGGAGCGGGUCCACAAGGUGUACAGACCUCCGUACCGUCGUGUGACAUUGUGUGGGACAUUAGCGUGCCUUCUACAUUUUCCCGGAUUCGCUUGGCUCGCUCUGUGGAAUACGCACGUGCUCCAGGAAAUGGACCACGUCGCGAGCGGAAACGGCACGUGCAACGUCAACAUCCAGAAUGUGGCAUUAGGCUUUCUGCGAAGCUGCGACGAGGUGGAUGAUGCUCGCUUCGAAUUGCUGUUGCUAGUGUCGCUGGGCUAUCUGCUGGGAGAGACGUUGCUCGUUAUCGGAAUCGAUGUAGUUGGCAGGAAAUCGUACUUAGUAUCUUCGGGAUUGGCGGGCAGCGUGGCCUCGCUCGUGCUUAUUUUUCGGGUGCAUCAUACGAUCCGUGUCGUGGUCUCGUCAAUGUUUCUGGCCGCUUACGCUAUCGGACGCACGACGACGUGCGUCCUGCUGCUGGAGAAUUAUCCCACCGCUCUGAGAGGCACGGCGAUGGGUCUCACAAGGAUACUUCCUCACUUAGCGGUCUUCAUGCUGCAGUUCUACUUGUGGACGACCUGCUUGCUAAGCAUAAUCGUCGCAUCUGCUGCCCUGAUGGGUAAUCAACGUCCUGACGUGACAAUUGUCAUCCGAUCGAUUACUAUCGCUAAAUAUCAAACAUCUCAUAGGUGCGGCCCUCGUGAUGCUACCAGUGCCCGAUUUAACCGGGUUACCGAUGAAGGAGUAAUUUGUGAUCUCUUGAGUGCGAUGUCCGUGACACGAUCGAGAGACACGCGUAUGCUCCACUUCUUGCAAAUUAAAACGCGACUGUAUUUUUCUCGAAUAAAAUUCUAUUUUAAACGUACACUUCCCUUCCCCUUACCGACGUCCAUCAACGUGGACACUUGGUAAAUUAGAGCUAUUUUUACGAAUCCGUUAAAAAAAGAUUGAGGUAUCCAGGAGUUUACGAUCCACUAGGAAUCGAGGUGUCAGCUCAACAUUUGUCAACCAGAAUCUGAGAAGAGGAAGUUGCCUACUUUGCCUCAUCUGUUCCUCGCAUGAGUUCGCUUAUCUUUGUACCUGAAUGUUCUAGCAAGCUUGUUAUCUCUUUACUUCAAAUACAAAUCGUAUUUAAACUAAGCUUUACAUGACAUAAAUAAUGCGUUUCCAAAUUAUAAAAUAGAAACAU